AUGCGUACGGGUGGUGACCCUAUAUUUGAUCAAAUGGUUAGCUUACAGAGGGAUUCCGAGUGGAAACGGAUGCGUACAGUAAUAUCGCCCACAUUUACGGCCGGAAAACUCAAACGAAUGACUCCUUUAAUCCUUGAAUGCGUGGACACUAUGAACGACAACAUCGACAAAAUCAUCGCCAAAAGUAAUGGCAAACUCUCGGUACCGGUAGACAUGAAACCAGUAAUCGGUGCCUACAUUAUGGAGUCUAUAAUACAAGUGGCUUUCGGCCGGAAAGUGUCAGUUCUGGACGACACUAAAAACCCUAUCCUAAUUAAUGCCCGCAAAAUGUUAAGUCCGAGUUUAGUAUCCAAUCUAAGAAUUGAAUUUUUUCGUAUUCUUACACUUAAACUGAUCGACGAUUCGAAACGGAUUGUGGAAACCGGAAGUCCGGUAAAAAGGGUUGACUUUCUGCACCUAAUGUUUGAAUCAAUGAAAGGUAAUAAUAAUGAGGCGACCGAUGGGUCCGACAAAUAUACGGAUAGUAAGAGGGAUGAGAAAUAUAAGGAAAUACAGGCCACGGAU